AUGUUGCCCAAAGCUACCAUCACACUAGCUCUCGCGUUUUCUGCCACUUCAGCAGCCGCGGCGACUAUCAACAAGAGGAUCAUUGGCGGAGAGGAUGCCAACCAAGGUGAAUUUCGAUCCGUGGUCAGCAUCCAAAUGGGUGCGUUUUGCGGAGGCACUCUGCUCAACAAGUACACUGUUCUUACUGCUGCCCAUUGCGUCGAGGAGGCGGGCCGAAAUACUAUCGUAAAGGCAGGAACGGCGGAUAAUACCAAAGACGGAAAGUAUAGUGGUAUUAGGGACAAGAAAAGGCACCCUGAUUACCACUUCUAUGGUCUUUACGCUCUUCAUGACAUUGGCCUCAUCUUCUUGAAGGAGGGAUUUGACGAGAGCGAGACAAUCGCCUAUGCGAGUCUAGCAGCAAACGGCUCGGAUCCCGAGGUCACUUCCGAGGCAAUAGCCCUAGGCUGCCCACCUGAGCCCAGUGAUAAACUGAGCAAGGUUGGUCUCUCCAUUCGUCCACGCCAAGACUGCUGGAACCGCCUCUUGGAGGCAGGCAAGACUGGUGCAGAAACAAUUGUAUGCGCUGGCGGGAAUGGCAGGAAUGUAUGCAAGAACGAUAGCGGUGGUCCUCUUGUCGGCCACAAGGGACACGUCAUCGGCAUCGCGUCGUCGGUUAUAAAGGAUGCAGGAGGAAACUAUUGCAACCUGGAGCCCUCCGUGUUUACCAGAGUCGGCAGCUAUAUCGAUUGGAUCACCGAAAAUCUUGAGACGGAGCCUCCUGCGUCAACGGGAGAGCAAACAGACGUUGCGGUUCCAAGCCCGACUAGACCCGUGCCAACCAGCGUACCGACGGUGAGCGACUUCCCAGAAGGGCUGGAAGGAGUGAUCAAAGAUUUCUGUGAUAGACGUGGCCUCGGUUCUGACAACUCUUGUCCGCCCGUGGGCAAGUAUUGCCUAUGGAACGGCAAGGAGGACGGUUAUGAUUCCAUGGACGCCUGUGCGGAUGCAUUCAAAGAGGCAGGCUUGUUACACUAA